AUGUCGAGGGCCGUGUUCUCAGAGACAAAGGAGCCAGAUGAGCAGCUCGACGCAGAUGUGGAGAAGUUGUCGACCGAGGCCACGGCGGAAACCGAUAUUCAGCGCUUGCCUGAAGAAAUAUCUGAGCGAGCCACUUUUCUUCAGAGGAUCAUCAUUCAACUCACGAAAUGGGGCCUUGAGACCAAUGGUAUAGUGCCUAUUCCCGCAGAAGAACGCAAGGACCCGCGCAUAUACCAGAUGUUCUUGAUGUGGUUCUCGGCGAAUCUGAACAUUCUAACAUUGACUACGGGAACCGCGGGGCCGGCGUAUUAUGGUCUGGGAAUCAGGGACUCUUUGCUAGUCAUCCUGGACAUGUGCCUUUCCGGCGUUCUUGUGAGUCCCGGCGUGUUCGGGCCUAAGCUGGGCACGCGUGGCAUGGUCCAAGCGCGCUUCUCGUGGGGAUACUACGGGGCACUCAUCCCUAGCGUCUUGGUCACGGUGACCCUGCAAGGAUACCUCAUCUUGAAUACCAUAGUCGGUGGACAAACAUUGGGCAGCGUGUCGACACACCUCAAUAACACGCUCGGUAUCGUCAUCAUCGGUCUCGUAACGCUGCUGGUAGUAUUCAGCGGGUACAAGGUUUUGCAUUGGUAUCAGACGUUCAUAUGGAUACCGAACGUCGUCGCGUUCGUCGUGAUGCUCGGUGUGAGUGGGAGACACCUGGUGCAGGCUCCUGUUACUGGGACAGCCCCCGCUCCUGCCUCCGUGCUCAUGACGUUUGGCGCCGCACUGGGGGCCAGCGUGGUCAACUGGUCGCCCCUCAUGCCCGACCAGGGCAUAUACCACGACCACACCGCCAGCACAUGGAAGAUUUUCUGGUAUUCCUAUCUCGGCCUUCUUCUGUCGAUUAUGCCCGCGCACAUGUUGGGCGCCGCCUGGACCGCAGGAGCGGCCUUCGUCCCCGCGUGGAAAGCCGGCCUCGGGAACGGCAACGACAUCGGGGGGCUGCUCGCCGCCGUGCUCGCGCCCGCCGGCGGCUUCGGCAAGUUCCUCCUCGUCCUGCUGUCGCUGACCACGCCGAGCCAGUGCGCGCCCGCGAUGUACACCGUGUGCAACAGCUUCAUGACGCUCGCGCCGGUGUGCGCGAAGAUCCCGCGGUUCCUCCUCGCGGGCGCGUCCACCGUGAUCAUCAUCCCCGUCGCGAUCGUGGGCUCGGACACGUUCUAUGCGAUCUUCUCAGACAUCCUCGGCUUCAUCGGCUACUGGCUCGCGCCCUUCUGCGCGGUCGUGCUCACGGAGCACGUCGUCUUCCGGCGGGGCUGCUGGGCCGCGUACGACGUCGCGGGCGCGUGGGACCACGCGGGCCACCCUAACCUGCCGCGGGGCUACGCGGCCGUGUGCACGUUCGCGGCGACGGUGGGGUUCAUCGUGCUGUGCAUGCAGAAGCAGUGGUGGACGGGCCCGCUCGCGCGCACGGGCACGGGCGACGUGGGCAUGCUGCUCGGCUUUGUCGUCGGCGUGCUGGUGUAUCUGUGCGCGCGAUGGCUGGAGCUGAGGUGGUUGUGCAUGAAGAAUACCAUUUGCCAGUUGUGCCACCCUUUCCAGCAAUCGCCAAGGGCCUCUGCCAGAUCCCGCCCCGCGCCGGCAACUGGCAAAUGCCUGUGA